AAUACAUUAAGAAGAUGUUGGUAAACCAGCCAGGGAUAUGUUUGCUAACUGGAAUUUGUGUUACACUGAUUGUACUGGCUUUAGCCUAUUACUCGUACUGGACUGUUAUUCUGAGUGAAGGACCCUGCAAGCGCUACUAAGUGGUUAUCAUGGGCUUAAUUGCAUUUCUGAAGACCCAGUUUAUAGUUCAUCUCCUCAUUGGGUUCGUCUUUGUUGUGAGCGGAUUGAUCAUUAACUUCAUCCAGCUAUGCACGCUAGUCCUCUGGCCAAUAAACAAGCAGUUUUAUCGCAGAGUAAACUGUCGUCUCUCCUACUCGCUUUGGAGCCAGUUAGUAAUGUUGCUGGAAUGGUGGUCAAGCACCGAAUGUACUUUAUUCUCAGACCAGGCCACAGUGGAUAAAUUUGGAAAAGAGCAUGUCAUCAUCAUCUUGAAUCACAACUUUGAAAUAGACUUCUUGUGUGGCUGGACUAUGACUGAACGCUUUGGUGUGUUAGGGAGUUCCAAAGUUCUUGCUAAGAGAGAACUGUUAUACGUUCCCCUGAUUGGCUGGACAUGGUACUUCCUUGAAAUAGUUUUCUGCAAAAGAAAAUGGGAAGAAGACAGAGAUACAGUUAUUGAGGGACUAAAACGUUUGUCUGACUAUCCUGAAUACAUGUGGUUUCUCUUGUAUUGUGAAGGAACUCGUUUUACAGAGACCAAGCAUCGUAUCAGCAUGGAGGUAGCUGCAUCCAAGGGGUUGCCUAAACUUAAAUAUCAUCUGUUACCCAGAACCAAAGGUUUCACCACUGCAGUCCAGUGUCUCAGGGGAACAGUUUCAGCAGUGUAUGAUGUAACACUAAACUUCCGAGGAAACAAGAACCCCUCUUUACUGGGAAUCCUUUAUGGAAAAAAAUACGAAGCAGAUAUGUGUGUGAGGAGAUUUCCUCUUGAAGAUAUCCCUCAAGAUGAAAAGGCAGCUGCAAACUGGCUUCAUAAACUUUAUCAAGAAAAGGAUGCUUUACAAGAGAUGUAUAAUCAAGAAGGCAUUUUUCCUGGCCAACAGUUUAAACCUCCUAGAAGACCUUGGACACUUCUAAACUUUCUCUUCUGGGCUACUGUCCUCCUCUCUCCUCUCUUCACAUUUGCUUUUGGAAUUUUUGCAAGUGGAUCACCACUUCUUAUCCUCGCAUUCUUGGGAUUUGUUGGAGCAGCUUCCUUUGGAGUUCGUAGACUGAUAGGAGUAACUGAAAUAGAAAAAGGCUCCAGUUAUGGCAACCAAGAAUUCAAGAAAAAGGAAUAACUGACAGCUGCAGCUCAGCACAUAUAGCCAGACUAUGGUAUCAAAUUAACUUCAUUAAAAAAAAAAAAAACACUUAGAAACUAUCUUUUUUUUCCUUAAUAAGUGGUGACUAAUAUUAAUGAAUAAAACUUGAGCCAAGAGUGAAAAAAAUAGAAGAAUCAAGAGAAGAGAAAACAUCAACUUUUCUGCCUGUUUAAGGAGCAUUGUAUUCAAACUUUGAGAGAAAAUCUGGGCUAAAAAAAUGAUAACCUUGCUUUGUCUGUGUUUGGGGGUGAAUAUUGGAUGCUGCCACAUGCUUCUUCAGAUGAUCUAUCUCACUCACUUGGCAACAGGAGCCGUUGAACGUUUCCUCUUGCUAUAGCCAAUUUAAUAGUUGUUAUUUUUUUCCAACAUCUCGUCUUUUUUAAUGGUGAGGAUAAUCCAGAAAAGACAACCCAUUGUAAAUUAAUUGAUAGCUCUUUCUUAGGUGAAAGCCACUGGAAAAGCCAUUUCUUUAUGGCUACAGACAAAAUCCCAUUUGUAUAUGUUUUACUGAAGGUGCUUUUUAUUUUCAGGCAACAUCUUUUAACAUCUGUACCACAUGAAAAUGGAUAAUAGAAUUUUGAUGAGAACUGUACUUUACUGAUAAGCACACACUGUAGAUCAAAUUAACUAGUAUUAAUACAAUUUAAAUCUUCCCCCAGCAUCAUGCUACCUGUUGCACAAAACUCCAUAAUACCCAACAUACUACUUGUGUUCUUGAGCAUGGUUUGCCCUGUUUCACACUUUGCAUAUAUUUAUGCCUCAGAUCUUGUUUUGGUUUUCUGUUUGUUUGCUUUUUGUUUUUAAGUGAAUUGUUACCCUGCGAUUUGGGCCUGUUCUAAGGAGGCUAUUAACUUAGUUGUCCUAAGGUCCUCCUUAUUUCUGUUUGUGUUUUAUCACCACUGAAUUCCCAUUUCACUGUUUUUUCUCAGGAGACUGUUACAGGAGAUAACCAGCAUAAACUGUGGAGCAACCUUGAAAAGGUCUUUCUUUUCUUUUUGUAACAACUUGAAAAGGAAGGGUCUGCAGCAAUCAGGAUUCAAAUCCCAGCCACUCUGAAUUUAAUGGCAGUUUCUGCCAUUUUUUUUUAGCAGGGCCAGGAUUUCACCUUAUAUGUGCUAACAUAUAUAUGGUGGUCUGUGUUGUGUUUCUUAGCUGACUUUGUUAGGAAACACUGUGAAGUAUUUGGUGGGUGAGCUAUGCUGUUAGAACUGAAAACCACUAGAGUGAGUUUUGGGUAUCUUCAGGAAUUUUUAAUAUCUCCAAUUAUGAUCACUUACUGCUGAUCACAACUUUGGCUGUUACCUACCUUUGUCCAAAUGCACAUCCUGGGAUCUUGUAGGCUGCUGCUGUGCGUGCAACCUUGUGGCCAUUCAUAAAUAUGUGGGAACCUUUGCGUAUAUUUUCAAGUCUGAAGGUCAAGUUCUGCCCUUGGCUGAACUCCAGUAGAGUCAGUGGGAGUGCCUUCCACAGGUAUAAAUGAGAGCAGAAGAUGGUCCUGAAGGUCCAUGUGUGAGACAUUCACUCUCCUCAUACCCCAAGCUCUGUUAGAAAGUUUCUUACUUUUGUAAAGACUGGGUCUCAUUAAAGUGCUGGGUUUUUUUUUCCCUUUGCUCAGUAGCCAAGGGUAAAAGACAGGUGCUAUUUUACCCCUUUCACAUUUUCUAACAGCUGAAGUUUAACCUCUUCUCCCACAGGGAUUUGCCUACAAGGAUUUUUUUUUAGCUUCAGGCUUUACACUAGUGAUUUUCUAGCUUAGAGAAGUCCUUUAUUUGUUGGGGGGGCGUUAAUAAUCACUCCUGUCAUGCACCUGACUGUCCAUUUGGGAGUCUCUUAAUGAGAUGAUUUUUGCAGGGUUUUUUAUUUAACCCAGUUCAGCACUGCACUGGCAAUGCUGGUGUUAGUAUGUCAUGCUUCCAAAGCAAAUAAGUCUGCCCUGAAGUAAUGGUGCACAACUCUUACUAGUGGCAAGCAAAGCUGAACAUGUGCUUCAAAGAGGCAGAAACCAGCUAGGAUUUGGGGAUGGAGGAUGGGGUUUUCUUUUGUAUUGGGCACUUUGUGCACUCACUUUUUAAACAAAAUUAGAACUCUGAAUGCUAAUAAACAGAAGUCUCUGG